UUUGGUUGCCUUUACACUACUCCACGCUUGCCUUUGAGUUUGAGCUUGUGUUAAGCUUCUUUUUUUGGUUUUUUGCCUUAAGCUUGUUUGCUUCUUCUUCUUCUCCUUCCUCUACUAUUAAUCUUUAUUUCAAAACUUAUUUUUCUUCCUAAUAUUGUAAAUCUUGAUAUAUCAACCAAGAUCAAUGGACAUGAAAUUGCUCUUUACUUCGGCUUUCACUCAAAUGUUCGGCUACUCAAACCAUAUGGAUCAAACGAGCAACAACUGCCAAAGCACCCGCAGCAAAAUCAUAAAGAUGAUGAAGAAAGAAGAAUUCCCAAGUGGAUUCCAAGUUCCUCUUCACUACCCUAAAUACUCCAAGUCAGACUAUGAAGCCAUGGAUGAUCUCACCCUAGACUUGCUCCUCAAACAAUACGGAUUCUCCUUCGAAGGAUCUCUUGAAGACAAGAGGAUGUUUGCAAUUGAAUCAUUUCUCUGGCCUGAUCAGCUUUAAGGUUUAUGUUGGUGUUGGAUGAUCUCAUGUCUCUCUCUACCGACCUCUUAUCAAUAUGAGUCUACAAGAUAAUUAGAAUGUUUUAUAAUUAUGUCAAAUUAUAAUUAUGUAUAUCGAUCAUCACCUAGUAAUCCAGUUUGUGUGUUAUAUUUAGCUGUGUUUGAGGAAGUUUUGAAGUAUGCAAUUUAUACAUAUAUAUAUAUAUAUAUAUAUAUGUAUCAUCAUGAGUGCAUUAGCAAAAUCUUUGAUGUAUAAUGUAUUAUCAUUAACAUUAAAAAGUGUGAUCAAUCGACUUAUAUUCAUCUAA